UUUCCCUCAAAUUCUUCAUGAUCAAUAAUAAAUUCAAAUCCUGGAUUUCCAGUUUAGAUCGUUUUGUUGGCCAUUCGAGUGAGUCCCAAUCUGGAAGAAUGGAAGUUGUUCAUGUGAUUUAGAGUUUCGUGGUUUCGAGACUCAAAUGCGUCCGUAGUCAUCAGCUGAGGCUUUCGUGGCGAAGGAAGGUGGGAAUCAGCUCGGAUGCCUCCACACAUUGGAUCCGAAUACUGGUUAUAGCCCUCAAAGCCUUUCCGAGCAUAGCUAUAGAAUGUUAUGUUCCACCAUGUCCGCGCUCUCCGUUUAACUUCCUGCAAAUUCCUUUGCAGUCACAUUCAUGUCCAACGAAGACUCUUCUUUCUCUCUGCCGCCGCAUCACCCCAAUGGCGGCAGACCACCGAUAUCCUCCUCCUCUGUGCCGCCGCUCAAACCCUUUCCCAAAGCCAACAAAUCCACGCUCAGGCAGUCCUUCACGGCCAUCUCCCCCGCAGCGUUUCCAUUUCCUCAGCCCUUAUCCUCUCUUACGCCAACUUUUAUUCCCAACCCUCCGCCCUCUACGCUCUCUUCUCUCAGACCCUCCCCUUUUCUCGCUCCGCUUUCCUCCAUAACACACUCCUCAGAGCAUACACUGUUCUAGCCAGUGGGUCCCAGAAAAGCUACAUUGAUGCUGCUCGUGGGUUUUUGAUAUACAACGACUUGUUCAGGAACACUGGUUUCCAGCCUGAUGAUCACACAUUUCCUUUUGUAUUGAAGCUUUGUGCAGAUUUUUUAGAAAGAGCCAAAGGGUUGGAAGUACACGGGAUGUUGACCAAGACUAGGUUUAAUGAUGAUGUGUUUGUGAAUAACACCCUUCUUCUGUUUUAUGGGAAUUGUGGGGAUUUGGGGAGUGUUGAGAAGCUGUUCGACGACAUGCCUGAAAGAGACUUGAUCUCGUGGAAUACCGUUAUUAGGGUGUUUUCAGAUAAUGGGUGUUGGUUGGAAACUGUUGGGUUGUUCAAGGAGAUGGUUUUGGUGUCCAGGUUUAGGCCUAAUACGGUUACUGUCGUGAGUGUGUUGCCUGUAUGCGCGUGGCUUGAGGAUAUAAAUUUAGUUAGUUCGGUUCAUUGUUAUGUCUUCAAGGUUGGUUUGGAUGGUGAAGUGAGGAUUGGCAAUGCAAUGGUCGACGCUUAUGGGAAGUGUGGGAAUGUUGCGGCUUUAAGUGGGGUGUUUGAAGAAAUGGUUGAAAGGAAUGAAGUUUCUUGGAAUUCACUUAUUGGUGGUUUGGCAUAUAGAGGUUUUAAUACUGAUGCUUUGGAUAGUUUUAGGCUAAUGAUUAAUGAGAAUAUGAAAUUGAAUUCCAUAACUAUAGCCACUAUGCUACCAGCAUUGGUAGAUCUAAGAUUUUUCAGUAAAGGAAGAGAAGUUCAUGGUUUUAGUAUAAAAAUGGGGGUAGACUCCGAUGUUUUUGUAGCUAAUGCAUUGAUUGAUAUGUACGGAAAAUGGGGACAUUUCACUGGAGCGUCAAACGUGUUUUGUAAGAUGGACCUGAAGAAUGUAGUGUCGUGGAAUUCCAUGAUUGGUAACUUUGCUCAAAAUAAGAGAGAGUUGGAAGCUAUAAAUCUUGUUAGAGAAAUGCAAGCUCAUGGUGAAAUUCCUAACUCUGUCACUUUAACUAAUGUUCUUCCUGCAUGUGCCCGACUAGGUUCUCUUUACCAGGGAAAGGAAAUACACGCCAGGACAAUCAGAAAAGGGUCUGCCUUUGAAUUAUUUGUCUCAAACGCGUUAACAGACAUGUAUGCUAAAUGUGGCUGCCUAGAUCUUGCUCAAAACGUAUUUGAUACAUCUCUCAGAGAUGAAGUAUCAUAUAAUAUACUAAUCACAGGCUAUUCUCAGACAAAUGAUUGUCACAAUUCUCUUAGCCUGUUUUCAGAAAUGGAAAUGGUGGGGAUGAAGCAGGAUAUAGUUUCCUACAUGGGAGUACUCACGGCCUGUGCAAACAUAUUGGCAAUCAGAAAAGGAAUGGAGGUCCAUGCAUUUGCAAUGAGAAGGUUAUCUCAUGAACAUCUUUUUGUUGCAAAUUCACUUCUGGACUUUUACACUAAAUGUGGACGGAUCAAAAUUGCCACAAAGGUUUUUGAUCGUAUCCCUUUGAGGGACGCUGCAUCAUGGAAUACCAUGAUUUUGGGGUUUGGAAUGCUUGGAGAAGUAGGGACUGCAAUCAAUUACUUUGAAGCCAUGAAGGAGGAUAACGUUGAAUAUGACUCGGUUUCGUAUAUCGCAGUUCUAUCUGCUUGUAGUCAUGGUGGAUUAGUUGAAAAAGGGAAAGAAUACUUUGAUGACAUGUUAGCUCAAAAUAUCAAGCCCUCUGGGAUGCAUUAUGCAUGCAUGGUGGAUCUUCUUGGCCGUUCUGGCCUCAUGGAACAGGCAGUAGAUCUUAUAAAAAGCUUGUCAAUGAAACCCGAUGCAAAUAUUUGGGGUGCUUUACUUGGGGCAUGUCGACUCCAUGGGAAUGUGGAACUGGGCUGUUGGGCAGCAGAGCAUCUACUUGAGCUGAGGCCAGAUCAUUCUGGUUCUUAUGCACUACUUUCAAACAUGUAUGCAGAAGCAGGGAGGUGGGAUGAGGCAGAUAGGAUCAGGAAAUUGAUGAAUGGGAGGAAAGUGAAGAAGAAUCCUGGAUGCAGUUGGGUUCAGAUUCAAGACCAAUUGCACAGUUUUAUUGUUGGACAAAGAUUAGAUCCAAGUUUGUUACUUGAGAGUUCGCGUUAGUGGCUUCAAAAUGUGGUCGAUCCCAAGGUACUUUUGCAUGUUUAGUAAAAGAAUUACACGAUAGUGCGAUACUAGACAGAGUUGAGGAAAACAAAAGAAACUAAAAUUUUGUUAAUAUAUAAUAAACAGCGUUGUGGGAAAACAAAAUAAUCUGGUCAUGAAUGUAUGCAAUGACAGCUUCUGGUUUUGAGGCCCAAUUUCUUUUAGAAUCCAA